GAGAAGAUCUAUCGUUCAAUCAUCACGCAUCUUGGCCAGCAAGAAAUUCAUUUCCCAACAACGUUUCCUUCACUCUACUCCUUCUCUCUUGAAGGAUGUUAUGAUAAAGGUUCCAUCAAUGGGUGAUUCCAUCUCAUCAGGUGAAAUCAAUGAAUGGGUGAAAAAACCAGGUCAAGCUUGUGUUGAAGAUGAAGUCAUUUGUACUAUUGAUACUGAUAAGGUCUCUGUGGAAAUCCGUGCUCCAGAAGCUGGUGUUUUGAAGGCUAUUUUGGCUAAUGCCAAGGAUACCGUUGAAGUUGGUAAGGAUAUUGCCAUCAUUGAUACUGAUGGUAAGCCAACUGCUACACCUGCUGCUGCUGCUUCCACUCCUUCUACUACUACAACAACAACAACAACUGCUUCCACUCCUUCUACUCCAACUCCUACUGCCACACCAACACCAACCCCAAAGAAGGAAGAAGCUAAACCAACACAAUCAUCAGCUCCAACUACUUCUGCCAAUGGACUCGCUAGAACUGAAAGAAGAGUUAAAAUGACACGUAUUCGUGCUAAGAUUGCUGAACGUUUGAAGCAAGCCCAAAACACCUAUGCUAUGUUGACCACUUUCAAUGAAAUUGACAUGAAGAAGAUUAUGGAAUUGAGAAAGGUUAACCAAGACGAUUUCCAAGAACGUCACGAUGGUUUAAAGUUGGGUUUCAUGGGUGCUUUCUGUAAGGCUGCUUCUAUUGCUCUUACUGAAGUUCCAGCUGUCAAUGGUGUCAUUGAUGGUAAUGAAGUUGUUUAUCGUGAUUAUGUCGAUAUUAGUGUUGCUGUUGCCACUCCAAAUGGUUUGGUCGUUCCAGUUGUCAGAAACUGUGAAAGCAAGUCAAUUGCACAAAUUGAAAGAGACAUUUCUAACUUGGGUGAAAAGGCCAGAAAGAAUGCCAUCUCCCUUGAUGAUAUGCAAGGUGGUACUUUCACUAUUUCUAAUGGUGGAGUUUUCGGAAGUUUGAUGGGUACACCAAUUAUCAAUCCUCCACAAUCUGCUAUUUUGGGAAUGCACGCCACAAAGAAUAGACCAAUUGCUAUUGGUGAUCAAGUUGUUGUCAGACCAAUGAUGUACGUUGCCUUGACUUAUGACCACAGAAUUAUCGAUGGUAGAGAAGCUGUUACUUUCUUGAAGAGAGUUAAGGAAUUGAUCGAAGAUCCAGAAAAGAUGUUGCUCUUCUAAAUCCACUAAAUUUUUCAAUAAUAUCCCUAAAUUUUUUAAUUU